AUGGCCUCUGCGAAGGGGGAGCGCGCCGAGGAGCUCCCCCCCGACGGCACGUGCGAUGUCUGCGAGCCCGAUGAAGCCGAGAGCGCGGUGGGGGUGUGCGAGGAGUGCGGCUUCUCCUUCUGCCAGCCCCACGCCGAGGAGCAUGGCCAGAAGUACGCGGCCCACCGCCUGCGGGGCCCUGCCUCGGGCCGCGACGAGGCGGGGAAGGGCGAGGAGGCGGGGGAAGAGGCGCCCAAGCUGGAGCGGAAGAAGUGCGAGGAGCACGGGCAGGAGCUGAGCCUAUACUGCAAGGAGCACGAGAAGAUCAUCUGCGUGCUGUGCGCCGUCACCGGCACCCACCGGCAGCACCAGCUCAUCACCCUGGAUGAAGCCUACCAGACCAUGAGGAAUAGAGAACCCGUUGACCUGAAGGUGGCCAUGCUGGAGAUGGUGGAAAGGUUAAAGUUCAAGUGUGCAGACCCUAAAGUGACUCGGAGUGAGAUGAAACUGUGUGUUCAGCAGGAGUUUGACACUGUACGGCGGCUGGUUUGUGAGGAGGAACGGAAAGCUCUCCACCUAGUGGACCUCCAGGAAGCAGUGGCCACUGCUCAUGUGACAGAGGUGCUGGCGGAAAUCAACGUCCACAUGGCAAAGCUGAUGACUGAGAUGGCAGAGAUCAGAAGGCAGCUGAACACCUUCAAUGAGUUAGCCCUGCUCAAGCCUGAGAGCAACGAUGAGGAACCCAGUGAUGUUGCUCCUGAUUUUACACUGGGAGCUAAUCCUUUCCCUCCUGCCUCUCCUUCCCGAGGGAACAGGCGAUAUGAUGACAAGGACCCAUCAUCGGCUAACGGGCCCUGCUGAGACAAGACGGGUUUGGCUGCAGUGGAG